AUAGGGGAAGGGUUGGUGAUGGUACUGGUGGAUAGGGGAAGGGUUGGUGAUGGGACUAGUAGAUAGGAGAAGGGUUUGUGUAGGGACUCCUGCCACAAUUUACAUGGCAAGCAAUUACUAAACGCUAUGAUAUAUUCGCGUCGCGGUCACUGCAGAGGCUCGCAGGACCACGCUCCAUCAGGUGGUAGUUACGACUUAAUGGCACAAGGGAUGCAGGUAAGGGCGGAGGGACGUAAUAAGGUGCAAGGUUGCAAAUCGAGCAGCCAUUAGACCCUUGAUUAACAUGGGAAGGAGAGCGGAGAUUCCUCAAUACAUGGGCUUCAGGGGGGCCGAGUUCAGCGAGGCGUGUCUACGUGGCCGCCCGGAGAGGCCCCAGGUGCUCCCGCGGGCGUGUUGGUCCCGGGGCGCGGCGGGGCCUUAGGGUCGUAUGUUUAAACACUUCCUCGCCGAAGCAUACAUAUUUGACAAGGCUUACAUAGGAGUUGUGGGCUUUCCAGGAGUAGUUUAAUGACCCUGGUGGUAGUUUGACCCUUCUUCUGUACCAUGAACCUACAAAAACACUUCUUAGACCCCGACUGAUCUCCGUUUUGGCCUUUGCAUAUUGUUGAUGUGAGAGGCAGGGUCGUCUAAGGAAGGAAGGAAGUGUGCGGCGGAGGGGAGACGUGUGGCGGCGCGGGGAGGGUGCUGGCGGCGCGUCGGGUGCUGUGCCGCUCAGUAAUGGCAGUCGCGAGGAGACACCCGCCGCUACUGGAGCCACUCACCGCCGCUAUCGCCGCCGCCGCCGCAGUUGGGGAGCCUCAACGCGCGGCAACACACGUGGGCCGAGCCGCUGCACACACCCAAGCGCCCUGCUGCUGCUAAGAAUGGGAACACGGCGGUGAGGUGAAAGGAAGUGCGUGGAAGUGCGUGGUGUCUGCCUCGUCCUGUAAUCGUCGUGUGUGGACGUGGAAUCAGUGGCGCGGAGGAGUGAGUGUCGACCCGAGGGAAAAAAAAAAGCACCUGCUGACUGUGCCUGAGUGAACGGUGCGCCGCGUCCAGAUAGGUGUCGCGGUGCAAGUGUCCGUGUGUUACAAUCUCGCCGUGUUACGCAACGCAGAGUACCGGACAGACCUUGAGACGCGAGUAAGAAACGGAGAAAAGAAACUCGCAAGGUUGAAUAUUUUCCUAAUCGUUAAGGUGCGAGACAGAGGAGGAGAGGAGGUGAGGAGGAGGUGCCGCCAGCGUUACGUGGAGGCUGUGUGGCAGGUGAGGGUGACGUGGGUGGUCGAGGUGUGUGUGGAGGGGCGACUAUCACGUGCUGGGACAAGACAUCCAAGACUCCCCGGCACGUAACAGAUCGCCUUCACGUGUGGCUCCCUCUGUGACACUAAUAAGGGACUAUCACGUGGCGGGGCGACCAUUAAAACCCUCUUGAACCCUCUCUCUCUUGUCCCUCUCUUUGUUUCUCCCUCCCACUCAACAAAAGCAACCCAUCAAGGAACAUCAAGCGGGGGCAGCUCGGAGACAGCCCGGCACGCGGCAGAAGACAAGCGGCGAGGGAGAACAGGAGAAGCAACAACAUUUCCCCGCUGAGUGAUAAGGAAACCCGACCUGCCUGAAAUAUCGAGACAAAUCACUAACUGACAACCCUCCUGCAGGCUCCCCAACAGGAAAGGUGAGAAAAAGGGGCGUGGCAGACGACUCCUGGCGAUAUGAAGGGGCGGUGUUAACAUUGGCCGCGGUCUGGGGGGGUGACCGAGGGGGAAGGGGAGGAGGGGAAGGACUGAGGACGGAGGAGGAGGGAAGGUGGCCUGGUGGCGGUGAGGUAGCCUGGGGAAGGAACGCGACCGGCCUGCCUGAGUCACUCAUCACAUAUCCUUCACGGGUUUCCAGCUGUGUUAUGAGGGCGUCAUUUGGCCCUUCGCGUCCCCGGGGACUUGACAAGGGACGUCCGUGCGUGUAGCGGUGCGUCGCCUCGAGGUGCUGAGCUGCAGUUUCUCGACCUAAUUGACGGUGUGUCGCCUGAUUGUGGGACGCGACGGUGAAAUCCAGGAAACAGAGCAUUCCGAUGAUCUCUCAUUUCACCAGCGACGCGAAACAAAGCGAGGCGGUGGCGCGACUGUUUGCCUAACCCGCGAUCGGCCGGCCAACAUGACAGUGGCCAUGGCUUCCUCCAAGGCGGACGUGACAGACGGGAACACCCUCCUGGCGCAGGUGAGGCAGGCGUCGCCGAAGGAAGACGGAGACGCGGCACCAGACGCCAAGAAACAGUCGGUGUCGGGAGGUGGCGAUGAUGACGAUGCUCCAGCACCUGAGUGGGGCACGGACGGCGGCGAGAGGCGGCCAAAGGACAUCACGGACACUGAACCCACGGACCUCAGUGUCAAGAAACAAAACAACAAUAACAACAACAGCAAUGUGAACAAGAACCACCUGGAGGCGACCCUGCUGGCGGCGCGGGGAGUGGGCAGCCCCAGCAACCCUGCCGCCUUUCCUAACACAAGCCUCCCCGCCCCCCUCGCCGUCCGGAGUCCCUUCUCCAUCACAAACCUCCUCAGGCCCAAGAGUACGCGGGGCGAGGCGCGGCCGGAGGACCUGAGCCCGGCCAGGAGGAGAACCAGCGCCUCGCCCCUGCCGGAGGUGACCAUCACGCCGCACCACGCCCUGUCGCACGCCCUCCACGCCCCCGCCAAGAGGAAAAUCGAGGAGGUGGAGCACGACAUUGACAUCGAGGAGGACGAGGAGUGCGAGGACGACGACGAGGAGGAGGACGAGGACAGCCGAGGGGCGCUGAGGAUGCGGGAGGCGCUGCUCAAUGGGGACAAGAUAGGGUGCGCGGCGCCCCGCUCCCCGGACGCCUCGCUACGGAAUAAGAAGCAGCGCAAGGCCCGCACGGCCUUCACCGACCACCAGCUGCAGACGCUGGAGAAGAGCUUCGAGCGGCAGAAGUACCUGAGUGUGCAGGACCGCAUGGAGCUGGCGGCCAAGCUCAACCUGACCGACACGCAGGUCAAGACCUGGUACCAGAACAGACGAACGAAGUGGAAGCGACAAACAGCAGUAGGUCUUGAGCUGCUGGCGGAGGGCGGAUAUGGGCGGCUGAUGGGUGGUUACUGGCCCUACGCGACCCCGCCCACGCUGCCCACGCCGUCACACCCCGCCCACCUCUCUGCCGUGGGCGCCCUCUCCUCCAUGGCCGCCCUCUCGUCUUCCAUGGACCUCUACUACAGACAUGCCCAGCUAGCGGCGCUCAGCAGGACGGCGGCGGCAGUGUCCCCCGCCUCCACGCCCUCCCUGGACGGCACGCCCUCGCUGCCCGCCCUCACCACCGUGGGCAACACCAGCACCUCCUCCCCGCCCACCCUCGUCGCACCCAGAGUCCUGUACCCGCCCACGCCGACUCAAGCAGCCCUCGCCCACUAUUUCAAGCAGUAGACACACACCCACACACUAACACACCCACACACAGCACACCAACACUCAUACACACACCCACGCCAGUAUUUCAACCAGUAUUUCAACCAAUAAACACACCCACACUCACACCCACAUCCACCCACCCAUACACACACACAGAUGAGGUUCUAAAGGGUUCAUACGAGUCUUCCUGAUCAAUGGUCCUUAAUGAAUCACCUGGACAUGGCUAAGUUACGCCCCCCCCACCCCCGUCAUUACCUGCAGGAAAAGACCCCACCUUAAAACUCUUCCCCUUCCUCUCCAUCCUCCCCUUCCGCCCCUCGUCCGGAAGCAGGGGAGGCAGGGGAAGAGGCGGCAGGCAACAGGUGUGAUGGUAACCCUAAAGGACACACGGUCUUCACACCUUCGACUUCCCAGGGUGUUUAUAAGUGUAAUUACCGGGAUCAUUAAAAAGUGUGUGGUUCUGUUGGGGAGUAUCCUGACCGACACCCAAGCCAACCAGCCAUGCAUCCAGCCAGUCUGCCAGCCAUGCACCCGUCCACCCAACCAGACAGACAGACAGACAUAUAGAAACCAGCCAAUCUGUCAGCCAUGUAACCGUCUACUAAACCAAACAGACAGAUAGACUGAUAGGAACCCUGCCAUCGAGCUAGCCAUUCAUCCAGUCUGUCAGCCAUACACCCGUCCACCCAACCAGACAGACAGACAAGACAUAGGAACCACCCAGUCUGUCAACCAUGCAUCCCCCCACCCAGCCAUCGAGAUAGACAGACAGACAAACAGAUAGAAAGCCGGUCAUCGCGGUCCUGCCUUCAUCCAGUGCCCAGGAUUACUAAAAAAGUUCACGCCAUGUCAGACUAUACUAUACCACGCCGCCUCACAAACCCACGCCACACCUCGCCACACCAGGCCACACCACGCCAUAGCCCCAGUAUUACCUCAGUGUGUGUUUGUGAGGAUGCACGAGGACUCUCAGACCGUGGAAGUGCCUCAAUGUACUUAUAAAAGUGUAUGGAAAAGGUGUGUGUCGCGGAGGAACGUUUGUGGUUGCCUUUACAUACGUUUCUGUACAAGCGGAGAGAAGUGGUGAGUUUGGUCGCUGCUUGGGAGGAAAAGUGGUUAGGCAAGUGAAUACUCUUGUGAAUGAAGUGUGGUUUAUCAUUGUAAAAAGAGAGAAUAUAGCUACAGUGGCAAAGUGACUAAAUAAGGGAGUGAAAUUAGUGGAAUAUAAAUAAAUGAGAAAAUAUAACGAGUGACCAUGUAAUGAGCAGGGAAAUCAGUGAAAUGCAAAUAUGAAAAGAGAAAAUGUAACUACAAAUAUAACUAUGGUGCCUUUUAAUUGACAAUAUAAUGAACAGUAAAAUCAGUGAAAAGGAAAAAAGAAAAAAUAAUAUAACUACAGUUGCUAUUAGUGACGAAAUAAUGAUGAGUGCAAUCACUGAAACAAAAAAAAAUGGUGCAAUUUAUUGUUGGAAAAUGAGAAAAUAAAACUACAGUGGCAGAUAAGUGACUGAAUAAUGAGCAGUGAAAUCAGUGAAAUAAAAAUAUAUACCGUGGCUUAUUUUCGUAAAAAGAAAAAAAUAUAACAAGUGCCUCAUUAGUGACUCCAAAUAAUGAACAUGAAAUCAGUGAAAAGCGAAGAGGAAUAAAGAAGCGACGUGGAACUCAAGGCAUUCACACACCUGACUAAGACAACCGAGCCUUUUGUGCCGGCGAUAACACGCGCCGAAUUAUCUCCGUGCGCGCCGCGAGUAAUUUGGCGAAGGAAAAGUUUUCACUCCGUCCUGAGAACCUCCGCGCGAGACAAAGGAAGGAGGUUUCAAUCAUUGCUUCGUAGAACACGGCGGCGGCGGAAGAGUUCACAGAAGCAUCCUGUCGAACCCCGGAACGCUGAUAAUGAGAAAGUUGUGACAGUUUUUCCGCGGGCUUUCCAUGACCCUGCCCCUCCUUCACCCUCCUCCCCCCAUCGCCCGUCGCCUCCCCUCUCCCCCUGCCCCUCAUCACCUCCCAUCUCCACCCUGCCCCCCCAUACUCUCCCCUUUCAUCCCCAUCGCCUCCCCUCUCCCCCUCCCCCCAUCACCUCCCAUCUCCACCCUGCCCCCCCAUACUCUCCCCUUUCAUCCCCAUCGCCUCCCACCCACCCCCACUCUCCUUUUUUCAUCUCCCCCAAAACUAACUCCUCCACCUACGCCCCCUAUUUUU